UCUGAAGAUAGUUCCAGCUGGCAUUCUAUUUGAUAGUGAAUUCAUUGUGAAAAAAGAAUCACCGAUCUGCAUGCUCGUGUGCGGCAUACCAGGACUUCUCUGCUACUUUGAUCUGGCACCGAUCCUCUUCCCUUUAUGACACAGCGAACCUCCCACAUGAACCUAUUCACAACAUUGAUUGACGAAAUAGAUCACUCUUUAGAAAAGAAAUACUUAGAUCAUAAUUGUUCUUCUUCUUAUGGGUGUACGCAUCGUGGUUCUGGUGCUUCAAACAGAACAAUUGUAGCAUGGCCCCCCUUUUUAAAAGUAACAUUUUUCUUCGACGCGAGAUCAUGUUGACGCAAGAAGUACACUCCCUUUUCUAGAAGAAUUUCCUCAAAAUCCGAAAUUUCGGCAUCAUGAGUAAGAAAAAUCCUCAGCAAACGCGGCUUUUCGGUGGGGCCUUUUCCGCGGCGCUUGUCCCCCAGGCCCUGGACAAAGGGAUAGGCAGCAAGCAAGGCGGCGCGCAAGGCAGCACUACGAACGCGGGGAACAAUGGAGCUGCGAACAGGCUGCCGAAGAAACCGAAACAAAGCACGGAAGAGCUGGUGUGGGACCCGGUGGCGAAGGCCCUGGUCGCCAAACGAGCGGUCGAUAUCGCGAACGAGGAGCUUUUAAAAGACAUCGCAGACUUGGAAAAAGAGUCCAGCUCAGAAGAAUCCAGUGAAGAAGCAGAUGAGGAAAAAAAUAACGCUGCCAAAACGACUACAGCCGGACUGCAGGAGGCGAACGGUCAACAAACAGGCGCCACGCUGGGGAACGCUGUUGUGCAACAGCAGCAAGCUGGUGCGGUCGUUGGGGUGGCCGUUCCGAUGGGCACGACUGUGGGGCAAGCCGUUGUUCCGGUGGCUGCUGUGGGGCAAGCCGUCCCAGUAGCUGUAGGGCAAGCCGUGCCUACAGCCACACCAGCAGCGAAUGGCACAGCGACCUCAAGUAGUACGACCACCGCUGAGGGCCAACAACAACAUCAAGCGAGUAAGAAAUCGAAGCGGGAGAAGAAGGAACAAGAAGGCGACAAAAAUAAUUCUGAACAAGAUUCAUCAGAUUCUGACGACGAAGCCAGCGACGAAUCCUUGCCCGUGUCCACGCCAAAUCUGAUCGGCGAAGCGCUGCAGGAGGGGGAGGUAUUAAAACGAAAAAUGCUCCCACCCCAGAACUUGGCAGGAUUUGUGUUGCAAAUCUUUCCAACAGAAACAUUCCCCGUCUUGCAUAUAGCAGCAUCACAAACUUUCCAUGCUGAAUGGGUAAAAUUUGCAGUGCAAAGAGCCCAGAACCAGCCGGAUCUCUUAUGCAAAAGAUUCCUUGCGCGUCUAUAUUCUGCAUCAGAAAGACUCGUAGUCCUUCCAUGCAAGACAAAACGUUUGCAUUUGGAGACUUUGCAUCAGAAAUUUUUUCAAAUUCUGGGGUAGGGGCAUUUUUCAUUGUAAUAGGAGGAGUCGAUGGUCUACAAUAUGGGAUCGUUUCAACGAUUAAAAUAAAAAAAAUUAUUUUUUUGCAAUUCAAGGGGUUAUAUAAAAUGAAAAUCAUCAGAAGGUGAUGCGGGAACUGCCGCCGUCGCGGGCCUCCCAGGUGAACAUCUCCGGCUUGUGUUUUGUUCAUGGUAAUGAAAUAACUAGACACGUCCCAACUUAAGCUAGUUGAAAUGAUAUGGAAGCUGGAGUCUGUCAUCGCGGCAGUAGCAGUUCUAAUACCAAGCGCCUUGGUAUGGAGAACGUCGCCAGGGCGAUCCGGGCCCUCCUCCGCGCCCCCUCCGGACGCCGGAAAUACAUGGGGGGGAUCCACGCGCGCAGAGAAGAGCUGCUGGCCGAUAUCUUGGGCCCGGAGAAGGCGACGCCAACCGACACGGAGCCCAGUGAGGCCCUGCAGGAGUAUCGCGAGCAGAACGGUGGAGGAGGCGACGCUGCGGAUAUGUUGGGCAAAAGCAUCCUAAAGAGUAGCUUUUUCGUAAGGAAAAGCGUCAACUUUUGACGCGCCUCAUUUUGAUGCCAAAAAUGAGCUUGCGGGACGUCUCCCAGAGACGUCCCCAGGGACGUCAUUAACUUUGGCUAUUCCCACUUAGUCAAUCCAUUUCCAUAUCGCGGAAAAUAGACGUCUUCUUGGACGUCUCUGGGCGUCUAAUUAAUCGCGAUCCUCCAGCUCUAAAAGGAACUCAGGAACUCCCACUCUGAAACUGAUGACCAAAACCACGAAAGUUGCUCCGUCCGUUGAGGUGCGAGAUCUCAAUACUACAACGCCACACAUUUUCAGGCUUUGCCGCACCAGCUUCCUCUUGGGAUGUAUUCGAAAGCCAUCACAUUGCCCCAUAAACUCCACCGGUCGAAACCAGCAUAGCGUCGCUGCUACGUGACGGGGCCCCAGACGAGCCGGAGAGCGAGGGACCACGCAGACGCCCAGCUUGUGGGCCGCAAAGACGGAGCCAAGCUUCCUGCUUCCUUUGCAUUCUUAAACCUUGUUCAACUACAUACCAUUUUAACUAGCUGAAGUUGGGACGUGUCUAGCUAUUUCAUUACCAUAAACAAAACACAAUCCGGAGACGUUCACCUCGGAGGCCCGCGACGACGGCAGUUUCCACGUCGCACUCUGAUGAUUUUCAUUUUGUAUGACCUCUUGAAUAAAUAAAAAUUAAUUUUUUUAAUUUUAAUCGUUGAAGCGAUCCCAUAUACAAGUGCUCCGUUGAUAAGUGGAUCCGAGACGACAAAAUGGCGAAUCUGUUCUUUUACUACCACGUGGCGGACUAUGGAAGCGUCAGGUUUGAAAUCGUCAAAGUUGAAAUAAUCUGUAAUGCAUAAAAUGCAUGGCCCGAGGUACGUGUGUUGCAGAGCAGGCAAGUGAGGCCGAUUGUAAGCCUGUUGGGGGUUACAGCUCGAGCUGCUAAAGUAGCAUGAGAAAAUCACUCUUCUUUGCCUAAACAGCACGACAAACAGGAUUUAGGGGCCACCGAGAUUUGUCAUGCGCCACUUGGAAACUGGGUUCCAACUGGCAUCCAUUUUAUGCAUGACAAAUUCUUUCAACUUUGUCGAUUUCAACUCUGACACAUCCAUACGGACAAAAAGCUAUACUGUUGGAACUCCGACGACUGGGCCAUGUACCGGUGGCGGUCCAAUUUCUCCGAUAUGGAAUUCCUACACCACGCACAAAUCGACACGACAAAUCGAGGGAACGUCGUGUGGAACCCAAAUUUAGCGAAACAAAACGCCACCGGCCCGAAACAGGCCACGGGUACUUACAUUAUAACUGUGUUUUUGAUCGGAAUCGGUUUUUGCCUGCUACCUAGUACUACUUUAAUACUAGUCAUCAAUACAAAUCAUUCUGGGUUAGUGGAGAUCGAUCGCUUUCAUCUUUUUUCCGUACGUUGUGCUAGUAUAAAAAUCGCAAAUAAAAUGAAAUUCGGUACUGAAUCUGAAUAUUUGAAAUUCUAUAUCGCAGGCGGCCCCGACCUGUGGAUUACGGUGAUUCCGCCGGAAGUGACGACCACGAUUUCGCGGCAGACCCGGGUGUAUGAGAUUCCGGAGAAACUCUUCAACAGGGUUUUUCACUCGGACGAUGUGAUCGAGCAGAUGCGAAAGCAGUCCAACUGCGGGUCCGCGACCUUCGGAGAGAAAAGCGGCAAGUACGGACGACAAGUCGAGGUGGCGGGCACGCCCCGACAAAUCACGGAGUUUGGCAACGCCCUGGAGCAGGGCCUGGUGGCGGCCGGGGGGAAGGGCUUCGAUACGAAAAAAUGGCGGAAACAGCAGCAGGAAACGCACAUGGAGAGGUACUAAUACUGAAGAAAUGUUGAAACUACUUCUUCUGACAGGGUGCAUGUUGUGCGAUGAAACAUACAGACAAGGCUUCGCAGUCAAACUUUAUUUCAAGAUUGAUAGAAGCAUGCGAUUGCGAUUCUGAUUCUGCAAGUGUUGUACAAUGUAAAAGGAGAAUUGACGAGAUGAAACAAGAUGAGACUCGAAUUCCGCGUUACAACUACAGAUUGAAGGCGUCCGGCGGCACGGAGCUGGACGAGCCGAUUCGGCCGACUUUGUCGAGCAAAGACGAGGAGGAAUUUAUCCCCGACGAGUACGACGACACGGCGAUUGAGAAGAUGCAGAACAUGGACGAGCUGCAGCAGAACAACAACGAGGACAUCGACGAGAACAUCGCAGAACUGGCGCACCAGGUCGCCCUGUUCACGAAGAAGCACAAACUUCCGCUGGAAUCCACCCGGCGGCUGCUGAAGAUGGACGCGCAGCUGCAGCGCUACGUGGUUGAGAAGUUCAAGCUUCCCGCGGCGAAUUCCAAGGCGGAUAAGGUGUUCCCGAAAUUCGUCUCGCGGUUGUCCGCCUACCCGCAGAAAUGGCGGUUGGAAGCCUGUAUUAGCAACGGCGACAUGGACGACGUGUGCGAGACCCGGGUGCUGCGCCAGGGGAUCGAUAACGAACUCGAAGUCGGCGCGGCAAGCGGGAUCUUGCGGAGGCAGGAGGAGAAACAGGCGGAGAGGAGAAGACGGAAAGAGAUGGACAAAGCGGACACUAAUAAAGACGGGACCGAUGAGAACAAUAAGCCAACCGGUGCAGAGCAUCAAUCCCCUGCACCAGAUUCCCCCUCGCCCGCAGAGGAUGACGAUGACGAGGCAAACCAAGAGCCGCGCAUGCUGGCGAUUCCGGACGCGAAUAGCAGCGACAGCGGGAACACGGGAAAUCGACUAUCCUGAGUAAAAACGUACCCACACCAGAGUCAGGAUGGGGAUUUUGCAACACAAAGCUAGGAGUUUUGUGAGUCACGCAUGACAAGUUGCACUCUGCAGCGUAGUGCAGGUUAGCAAGUGCAGCCGUAUCACAGAUUCAUCUGCUCAUCCUGUUCACAGCAUCACAAAUUCCAAAACACGAUUGGAAAUGGCUCUCAUGGGGAUGCGCAUUACAAGUCUUCCUGUCUUUGCAAAUCUGCAUUACAACUCUGGUGUGGGUACGUUUUUACUCAGGAUAUCGCCAGUUGUACGGUGACGUGCAGGAUUUCCACUGCCGGAUCCACGACAUGUUUGGGUACUGGCACGUGACGAGUUGUGAAGACCGCAUCGGUAUGCAUUGCAAAUAUGUCUGGGUCUGGAAGGGUGCGAGGCUUGUCAUGCAUAUUUUGCAUGGCCCAUGAUGCCUGUAAUGCAUCGCCUAGCAUCACAGAUUUUGAGAGGGCAUUCUGAUGCCCAUGCCGCAUGAGAAAUGCCUUUCCCGGGGAGCACAAACUGGACUCCUCUUACUGGUCACGCAAUACGGAUUUUUUAUAGAAUCCACAGACAGCAUCACAAGUUGCAAGCUUCCAGACCCAGACAUAUUUGCAAUGCAUAAUCGGCAUCCUGGUCGACGGGGAGAAAGUGCGCGCCAGCUAUAUGGCCUGCUCAAACGUUACAAUCUCAAACGUUACAAUAGAAUAGGGAAAGCUGUGAUGCAAGACCGCAUCACCUAGCCAAUUCUUAUAGGAUUGCGCAUGACAAGUUCCGGAGCUCCAAACCGCACUACAAUCUGGCGAAAUUUGUAUUGCAAAAAGUGGAACGCUCUGCGAGUCUGUCAUGCUCAUCAUGCAACACAAAUCUCAGAUUCUAUUGUAACGUUUGAGAUUGUAACACCUGAGCGGGUUAUAAGCUACGACGGCCCCAUGCCACUGCGGGACGGGAGCGUGAUCGUCGUAGGAAAAACGCUGUUGUUGUGCGAAAUCGGAGACUCAACCUGGUUGACGGAGCGGAGAAAUAAAUACUACGACAAACUGAUGAAUCUCGAUGGAGACAGAGAUAAUGCUCCCGAGGACAUCAAGGAGGAGCCGAGCAAUCAGGCCGCACCUACCGGCAGUGCUAGUAUCAACGCAGACGAAGACGCCGAACGCGAUGUUGAACCGAGCGCAAAGCGGCAAAAGGUGGACCAACAAGCUGGCGCAGCCGAGACGCUGUUGCCACCGGAAUGAGGGAGCGAGGCAAAUCGCAUUGUAUCAGCGUCAGCCCCAGCAAAUGCAAAGAACAUGGUUUGCAGGAAUCUUGCUGGCGUCGAACAUAAAAAAGAAGAGGAAGACUGGAAGUCGACUGUUGUAAACGAAAACGGAUACUUACAUACAAUAACUACUCCUGACCAGGAGGGGGCCUAUAAAAUAAAUCCGACCGUGAAAGUAGAAU